AUGGCACUCCGAGCUGCCUUGGUACUGCUGUCAGUGAUAAUGGCAACAGUUAGUGCGUCGGGAUGGUGGGAUGAUGACUGGAGUGAUCAUCCGUAUCAUCAUGGACACCACGGUAUAUUCGAUCAUCAUCACGGACCCCACGGACUGUUUGGUCAUCACUUUGGACAUCACGGAUUGUUUGAUCAUCAUCAUGGGCAUCAUGGAUUUGGUCACGGCCAUGGUCAUCCCUGGGGCAAUGGAGUUUGGGGAUGGGAUUGA